CUUGCACCACCAUCUCGCCAGAAGCCGGUCGCUCAUCUGCCGCGAACAUCGCCAUCCCGCCAAACACCUUUUUGUAGGCUUUUGACUCGCUAACAAAAAUGAUCAUUCCAAUCCGAUGCUUUUCGUGCGGCAAGGUGGUGGGUGAUCUCUGGGAGAGAUACCUGCAGCUGAUCGAUGGCGAGGAGAUCACCGACGGUGAUGCUCUGGAUCAGCUCGGCCUCAAGCGCUACUGCUGCCGUCGCAUGGUCAUGACCCACGUCGACCUCAUCGAGAAGCUUCUCAAGUAUACUCCCGAUGGCCGCAACGUCAAGAAGAUCGAGAUGCAGACACGCAACGAGGAGCAGGGGAUGUAAUAUGCCCGAGCGGUCGAAAAAUUCAUUAUCAACUACUGGGCAAGCCGACUACUCUAUCGUCCGGCAAGAGAAAACUGCAUGAUCAUUAGGCGUUUGGGAGUAUCAAGACAACUGUACCGGGCAGGGUAUAGAAGCGGCCCUGAUCUCGCAUCCAGGAGGCCGAAAGCAAGAGCUUGAUUUGGUUGUGCUUUUCUUUGGGUUGGAACCUGUGGCGUCAAGGUGCAUUUGGGACAACUGUUUCUGGUGUAAGUUCUGUCGAGACAUAACAGGCUACCUUUUCAGUUUGCAACUACAGUUGAGAGGUUGUGGUACCACGGAGAGGCAUCGUCUUCAGCCGGAACCUGGUACUUGCUCCGUGUGGCUAGAUGUGUCAUAACCAACCACAUUUAGUUAUCUGCAUUGACGACUCACAAGCCGUCAUGCUCGCCUGCGCGGUAUCCAACUCCUCGGG